GUAAUGUUGAUGAUCUAGCUGGAGGCUGCAUGGACACAUGCUUCAGUGGAAAUUCCUGGUGCAAAACCGAAAAAUCGCUAUUUAGCCGUCGCCUAACGGAUUUGCUGACACCGACCCACACGGGCUAUGGUUUUGAGACAUCAGUUAUUAAACGCCUGAAAACGACUUGGUUUCGCUCCUCAAACAGGCCAGGUUUCACAGCCACACAACAGAACAGCCCGUCCUGCAACCUGAUACACACGUUGCAUAAUAUUCACGGAUACACUGCAUUGACCCCACAGGUGUUUCAAAUUAGCAAACGCGACCGUAGCAUCGCAGGUUCGGGCAUUGACCUCAUCUGUCACACCACAAUAAAAGCUAAUACAACUUCGAAUGAUCAGAUGACUGUAGAGUUUUGUGAUGGAUUUGCAAGGCCUGAAAAUAUUGGUUUGCCUGGCGCUCAUUCGACUCUACCACCACGUCUGGUUGUUCUUUAUGGAAGUCAAACUGGUUUAAGUCGGUCCGUUGCAGAACGCCUUGUAUCCCAAGCCUAUUAUUUAUUUUCUACAAAAUCUAACCCAGUGUCUUCAUUACCUAAGAACCAGAGUAUGAAUUUACUGGUUUCUCUCUGUCCUUUGGAUUCGUAUGCACCAAUGAACCGAUUGGCCAAAGAAUGUGAUCCGAUAGUUUUUGUGUGCUCCACAACGGGAUAUGGAGUGCCACCGGACAACAUGUGCCAAUUUUGGCGGCGCCUGAUGAGUCGAAAUCUUCCAAUCGGUCGGGCACUUUCAACUAAUCUAAGGUUUGCUGUUUUGGGUCUGGGUGAUUCAUCGUACCCGAAGUUCAAUAUUGUGGCAAAAAAGCUUUAUCGUCGACUUGUGCAGCUGGGAGCAAGUCCGUUGCCUAUUUUCUCACCAGUAGGCGAUAGUUCAGCGGAUUGCGGUCUUGGUCUCGCUGACGAACAAGCUGAGCUGGGCGUAAACAGCGUGAUGAACUGGUGGGUUCCUCAACUUUGGACUGUGCUUUCUGAUUACUGGCACCUCCCUUUUGUCGCUGACUGUGCACCCAUUCCACUGACUUAUUCAUUUCUGGAAAGUCCUCCGGUAUUGUCUAGUUUUUGGCCAACGUAUGAUGUGACUCUGGCCACGCCUGUUCCCACGUUUGCAUUCGACGGGGAUGCAGAUUUACUGACCUCUGACAGCAUCUCCUACAUAGCCGAUCGGGACUGUGAGUUCGCGUUUAAGGGUCAUCCUUUCCCACCGUCAUCUCAAUGGUUUCGUGUGCUUCGGAAUGAACGAAUUACGGCAGCUGGUCACUUCCAAGAUACGCGCUUGAUUUCGCUGUCAUCUUGUGAGCUAGAGACCGAACAACAAUUUCAGCCUGGCGACGUACUUUUUGUUCAACCGCGAAACAGCUCACAUGAUAUUAGCCUAUUAUUUCAAGUUACUGGAGCCGAUCCAAGUCAACGGUUGUGUAUCAGUGAACGUGAUACCAACUUUCCUCUGCCGGCACCGUUGCUCAGACAAAGAGAAGGGGAUUUUCGAGGUCUUUCAGCUGCUUGGUUGGCCACAUAUUAUUUUGAUUUGACUAUCAUUCCAACGGCCACAUUCUUUGCCAAUUUAGCUGCAGUUGCCUACCAAGUACUGUGCAAACCCACAGGUUCAUAUCGUGUUCAAGACCCCGAUCGUUUGAAAAUGGAAUUAGAGCGUCUAUCUGAAUUAGGAUCAAUUUCUUCACCGGAAUUUGUGGAGGAUUUACAUGACUACGUGAGUCGUCCUCGACGUCGUCUUGUAGAAGUUUUGGCUGACUUUCCUGCUACAUCAUCUCUACUGUCACCAGUCCGAUGGUUCGACAUACUACCUGGCCCCAUUCGUGCUCGGCCUUACUCCAUCGCAUCUGCACCCCCAGACAUUGAACUGCUUGUUGCUGUGGUAACUUAUCAAACUCGUAUGUCAACGCCCCGUCAGGGUCUUGCCUCAACCUUUAUGUCCAGUUUAUCAAUAGGCGACCGUCUACCUGGCUGGAUUGCUUCUAAUGUGGCCGGUGGGUUCAAUUUCAUCUCAGCAUUACAAAACCCACCCAGUCCCCUUCUUCUGAUCGCUCCAGGCACUGGAGUAGCGCCCUUCCGCAGCCUUCUUUGGCAUCAACAUCGACUACUUCCUGGACUGGGAAGUAAUGUCCUCUUUUUUGGUUGCCGAUAUUCGAACAAGGACUUCUACUUUGCCGAUGAGUGGUCACGUCUAGAGGCUGAAGGUACACUCAAACUCAUACCAGCGUUCUCACGGGAUCCAGUCUCAGUUCGUGUUCACGAUGGCUCGAAGGCCGUCGGUAGCCGUGUCUAUGUACAGCACAAAAUCCGCGAGCACGCCACUCUGGUGUGGUCUACGUUGUCACAUCCACAGGCAUGUGUGUUUAUAGCGGGCAACGCCAAAGCAAUGCCCGGUGAGGUUCGCGAGGCACUCAUGGAUGCAUGCGAGCAGGGUGGACACGGACCAAACGAAGGCAUGCCCCGAUUGGUCAGAAUGUCAGCCAAUCCGAGUCGAGCAUCUUCGACUCGAUGCUUCUCGCCCCCUCACGGAGAUUCUGGCACGACCUUGCGGAGCACCCUCUCCACUAUUCAUAUGGCCUCCGGUCCUGGAUUUUUUUCCGGGCUUUAUGAUUUUCUAGCCUCACCAGUACGAUUGUGGCGCAUGCACACGCGUCUAGUUCUAUUAAACCCUCAAGAAGCUCGCUUGCAAAAUAUUCAAAAACAUUAUCAAGAACACGCUCGCCGGGUCCAAAUGCGGGAACGCAUGAAGGAAACCUAUGUGUCACACUCCCCGGUCCGAACUCCUGGCCCGAUUUGUUCGUCGGCUCCUGUUUCAAUGGAAUCCGGUGGUCUUUUCCAGCCACUCAUUUGCAUCUGGUUGAUAAAUGUCGGAUUAAUUAUGCUACUGGUCUUACUUUCCUACCUAUGGUUAGUUGUCCGUCAGCACGCAUUUCCAGAUUCGUUGGGUCCCGGUGUGCCCGGAUUCACCACGAUAUCCCAUCUCCUGUCAGGCAUUCUUCACAUUUGUCUUCCAUUGUUCAUGGAAAUGGUAAACACUCUAUACCUUAAGAAAAUAUGUGAUCGCCUUGCCUUGCUGAAAAGCACUUCAUCACAACGCAAACACUCGUGUCAACCUACAGAACAAAGCAAUACUGCUAUAGGUGCUACUAUCAUGGAUCGUGUUUACACCUUGAUCUUCUUCAUAAUCUUCCAGCUCCAAUGGAGCCUUUUGUCUGGUUUCCUGUCGAGCUAUAAAAUCAGCUAUCUGAUCAAUGUGUUCGCUGUGGCCUUCAUGUAUGCAUGUUAUGCAAUCGAAUACCGGUGGCGUCAAGUUCCAGGUCGAACAUUUGAAGGCUACUUGGUUCAUAUCCUUGAUCAUUGGACUUAUUUUGUCGGUUACGGAUUGAUUCUCGGCCUUGGCUGUCAAUAUUGGCCAGACUUCAUCGGCUCUGGCGGUAUGUUCUUGGCCAUCACCUACCCUAUCCUCGUCAUUGGUGCCUUGGGUAGUCGAUCGUCACCCAGCACCGCCACACUCACUUGGUUGGAAGCCAGAUUGGCGCGUCUAUUUCGUUUCGCCCUCGUACUAUCUAUGCAUCCUGCCCUGUUCUGCACCAAUCUGAUCGUUCGUGGCUGCGUCGGGGCUGCUUACCAGUUGUGGUUUUGACUUGUAAUCUUAUUCUCUUAUCCGAUCAACACAACUACUUUCCUAGGAUAUGUCGCACGAGACUCACGUUACCUCCUACCACCGCGCAUAACACUACAUCGAUUCGUGAGAGUUCUUAUUUUCGAUAAAUUUCCUGUGAAUUUCAUGUACUCGCCUCCUUUGCUUAGUUAAUCUUUUACCAGUCUUUCACAUUGUGACAUGACGCUGAUUACGUUUGAUGUGUUCACCGGUCACACAACUUACAAAUGUUGUUUGUGUUUCAACUAAGCCCGAAAGCACUUUAGUCUGAUCCGGUUUUCACGAAACUUCUUGUACAAAUAAUACACGGGUCACGUGGUUUCCGGCUAUGUGCAACAAGAGAGUUAC